CAGUUUGAAAGUCGGUUAAAUCGAAACCGGUCGUCGUUUUUCUGAUAUCAACUGGAGACUGCAGUUGUGUCUACGUGGACAACAUUGAUAUUGGACGUUUUAUUCAUUUUGGUAAUUUGCCAACUGUUUGUUUGCCUUGUUGCCGCCUGCGUCGUUCUUUGCCAGCGUUAAUCUUAACGCACUUCUUAUCGCAAUCCUUCACGAUUAUGCACACAUAUCAAAGCGCCCCAGUUGAAAAAAUAGUUGAAACUCCCAGCUCUGAAAUGAGACUACUGAGCAAUGGCAAAGUCUUUUGGAAUCUGACCAAACUCUCCAUCAACAAUCAGACUCCAAAUGUGCUUGUCAAACUGAUGCCCGCAAGCUAUAGCAGCAAAACUCCCGAGGAGCAGCCAUCACAGCAAAGGCUUUUAAGAUACCCUGUACUGCCUUUAAAUGAAACGCUUGAUCGUUUUCUGCUCACUGCCCAACCGCAUCUGACGCCCAAGGAGUUUGAAAAGCAAAAGGAAAUAACCCAACAGUUUAAAGACAAAGAGGGAGAUGUGCUACAAGGUCUGCUCGAGGAGGCUGGCAAACGUGAGAAGAACUGGUUGGCACAACGCUGGCUAACGACUGCCUAUCUGAAGUAUCGUGAUCCAGUUACCGUCUAUAUAAGUCCCGGCAUGACAUUUCCGUACCAAAAGUUUAAUGAUAUGCGUGAAUAUGUUAACUAUACGGCCAAAGUUAUAUAUGGUCUGGGUGAAUUUAAAGGUAUUGUAGAUGCCGGCAAGAUACCCAUUGUUAAAAUGGGCAAAAAUGAGCUGGACAAUAGUCAGUUUGGAAAAGUGUUUGGUACAUGUCGCAUUCCGAUUCGUGCCACCGAUCGUAUUGAAUACAAUCCUUGUUCCAAUUAUUUUGUUGUCAUUUACAAAAAUCAUUUUUAUAAAUUGUGCUUGUACGGCAAAGAUGGCAAUGUGUUGUCAGCCAAGUCGUUGGCAAAGCAGCUGGACGAGAUCAUGCAGGCGGAAAGUGAUUUCGGUGUCCCUUAUGGCAUUCUAACUACAGACACACGUGACAAUUGGGCUGAGGCCUAUGAACAAUUGUCAAAGACACCGGAAAAUUGUGAAGCCCUUAAGACCAUACAGGGUGCUCUAUUUACUGUUUCGCUGGAUCAAUGUAUUGACGUACAGCCCGACCAGCAGGCGAAUCAACUGAUUCUUGGUCUUAUACACGGCGGUGGCAGUAAUUUGAACAGCGGCAAUCGUUGGAUGGACAAAACCAUUCAACUGGUGGUCAAUCCAAAUGGCAACGUUGGAUUUACCUACGAGCAUUCACCAGCUGAGGGCCAGCCCAUUGCCAUGAUGAUGGACUACGUGGUGAAGAAAAUGAGUGAGGACGAUAACUAUGGCAGUUGUGGCUCCACAGAGAUUAGUUGCAAGCCAGAAAAAAUCUCAUUUGCCACACUAAAUCCCUGUGUGGAUCAAUGGAUUUUUUACGCCAAGCGCAACAUUGAUAAGCUCGUUAAGGAUCUGGAAUGUAACGUUUUAAAGUUCAAGUGCUACGGCAAGGAUUACAUAAAAAAGCAGAAGCUAGGACCCGAUAGCUUUGUUCAAAUGGCGCUGCAGUUGGCUUUCUACAAAAUGCACAAGGUACCUGGUGCUCAAUAUGAAUCCGCACAUUUGCGUAUCUUUGAGAACGGACGCACGGAAACUAUACGCUCCUGCUCAAAUGAAUCGCUGGCCUUCUGCAAAGCGAUGACAAAUGGAAAGGCGUCUGUGGAGGAGAAGGCUUGUCUGCUGCGUGAGGCAGUUGCUGGUCAUCAGAAAUAUGCGAGACUUGCACUGCAGGGUAUCGGAGUAGAUCGUCAUCUGCUGGGUCUGAAGUUAAUGGCACAAGAGAAUAACUUGCCCAUACCAGAGUUUUAUUCCUCGCCCGGCUACACCAAAUCCAUGCAGUUCCGCGUGUCAACAUCUCAGGUGGCCACCAUAUACGAUGCCUUCAUGGGCUACGGUCCCGCAACUGAUGAUGGCUAUGCCGCUUGCUAUAAUCCACGCGAUAAUGAUAUUAUUGUGGCCAUCACAUCGUGGAGCUUUAAUCAUGAAACCAACCCGGACAAGUUUGCCAAGACACUAGAGAACGCUUUCCUGGAAAUGCAAGAUGUUCUCAAUAAAAAUCCACAAGCCAACAUACCGAAGUCCAAGUUGUAGUGCCUCAAUAUAUCUAUUGUAAUAAAAGAGAUUUUAAAUUUGCCAGUGAUAUUAAAGAAGGUUUUAAAUACA